GGGGAUCAGUCAUCUAGCCAGCCAAAGGAGAGAAGUAGGCGACACUAAGAGUCAGAGACGGCAGCCAGAGGAGAGAGGAGGAACCAAAGAUCCAGUCAGAGAGAAAGUGAGACGGACCGCGAGUUUUGGGACGCGAGGUGAAAAUGGCACAACGUUUGCGUUUGUACUUUGGCUCAGGCCGCAGUAACACAGCCCCGGAAAUACUGGAAGGCGACUGUGAGGAGCAGCAGGGAGACAAUGACGUGGUCAGGGCGCCCAGCGCGCCGCCAGAAUCUGGGCCCUCUCAGGAGCACGCUGCACGGCACGCACCACCGAGGGCUUUUGGUUUACACUCGGAGCCUUUGCUUAAACGCAGCUCUUCCAUGUUUAUACCUCAGCUUGCCGCCUACACUGACCCACGGCCUACUAAGAGCUCCUCUAUGCAAAUCUCCCUGCAGCGUUCAAAUGGAUCAAGUAAUGGCGAUUCCAUUGGCCAUGCUGACGAUGUCCCGCCACCUUGUUAUACUCCCCCAGGACCUGCACCUGCCUAUACUGAACCACAGAUCCGAACAGAUGUUCCUCAACAUCCUCCUCCUCCGUACUGCUGCCCAGAUUCUUUAAACUCACGAACUUUUCUGACAGAGCCCAACCUGCCGAAACGCAGAGUCUUUAGUAUUGGUUCAAAUGGGCAUACUGGACAACCUGGCAUCAGUGUUGGUGGAAUUUGUAUCCGGAGAAACUCUCCCGAUGGUUCUGAUGUCCAGCAUUUCAGAAUCCUUCCGUAUGGUGGUACUAGCUGGUCCGUCCAGCAGCAGAGCUUGGACCACGGCUCUGGCGUUAACGGUGGAGCACAGAGACUAGUGUUUCAGCUCCAGCAAAAUCAGGACCAGGAUCAGAGCCAGGACAGGCAGCAGGCUGCUGCAUCACAGGAAGAAUGCACUGAUGUUGGCUUUGCCAGCUCAAGAGGUAGCCGUAUGGUGCGUUACCCCAAAAUUCGACUGGAGAGAAGCUCAUCUUAUCAGAGGCUGUUGCCGGAGAAUCAACAUCAGAAAGCUGGCGCAGAUAGCCAAGUUAUCGAGGAGACACAGACCGACAUGGAGACACCGAGAAUGGAAGCAAGAAACAGAUCCAAUGGUUGCACUUUCAAAAUCAGUGGAGAUACCCCUCGAAGGCAGCCUCAUUUCAAGAUAUACUUCACCUCGGGUGGAGGUGGAGAUCAGGAUGUGAGCCUUGGCAAUGAUUUAUCAAGGAAUAAUCCCAAGGCUUCUACCAAGAAUGGGCUUUUCCAUCUCGGACAGACCAGAGAUGAUUUCCUGGGUCAGGUGGAUGUUCCACUCAGUCAUCUGCCGACAGAGGACCCGGCGAUGGAGCGUCCCUACACGUUUAAAGACUUCCUCUUGCGGCCCAGAAGGUCAGUUUCUACAAGUCACAAGUCCAGGGUGAAGGGUUACCUGCGUCUGAAGAUGGCCUAUCUGCCCAAACAAGGAGGUCACGAGGAGGAGGCCGGAGAAAUGAGGGAGGAGGCUGAGGGAUGGGACGAGUCUGCGGACUCAGGCUCCCAGCGACCACAGCAGCUGCUGCCCCCAUUGCCCCCAGGCUGGGAAGAGAAGGUGGACAACCUGGGACGCACAUACUUUGUCAACCAUAACAACCGCUAUACACAGUGGAAACGGCCAUCCACCAUGGAUGUGAUUUCAGAGACCGAGAACGACAAUCAGCAGCGGCAGAUCCAUCAGGAAGCACACCGCGUUUUCCGAUCAAGACGCCACAUCAGUGAAGACCUAGAGAAUGAACAGAUGGAGCCAAUGGACUUGGACAACGCAUGGGAGCUCAUCACAGAAGAAGAUCCUAGCGACAGCUCGCCCCCGUCGCUGCCGGGCACCUCCUCCUCGUCCAUCUCGACAGCGCAGCAACCACCAACACCUGUCACCCAGGAGUUUUCAGAAGAUCUGAAUCUGAGGCUGUCGCUCACUGCCGAGACCAACGGCGAAGUGCCGGGGCCAAGCUCGGCUGUUCUGAGCCAGCUGUCAAACAGACUCCGCUCCUCUAGUAUGACAGAUGGCGUCAGUGAACAGGCCCAGGCUCCUCCUCUUACGCAGAGUUCCCAGACCAGAAGAACAAGAGCUCAAACAGUCUCAGGUGGUGAGGAGCCUAUGUCUCCCUCGGCGACUGCUUACACCUUGACCACCCCUGGCCUGCCCCCUGGAUGGGAGGAGAGGAAGGACGCCAAGGGAAGAACUUAUUACGUCAACCAUAACAGCCGCACCACAACCUGGACUAGGCCAAUUGUGCAGCUGACUGAAGACGGAGCCAGCACGUCAGCAGCAGCAGCAGCAGCAGCAGCAUCAUCAGCAGCAGCAGCAGCAGCAUCGACAUCAGCAUCAGGAGGAGCCUUGUCCCUGGCACCCCCACCCACCCCCUCCUCCUCUUCUAGUGCCUCCAACAACCACCUCCAUGAGCCCCAAGUCCGACGACCUCGUAGCCUCAGCUCCCCUACCGUCACCCUUUCCACCCCCUUAGAGGGAGCCAACAAUAUCCAGGUACGGAGGGCUGUGAAGGACACACUCUCCAAUCCCCAGUCUCCCCAACCGUCUCCCUACAGUUCCCCCAAGUCACAGCACAAGGGACAGCAGAGUUUCCUGCCCCCGGGCUGGGAGAUGAGGAUAGCCCCCAACGGACGGCCCUUCUUCAUCGACCACAACAGCAGAGCAACCACAUGGGAGGAUCCCAGGUUGAAAUACCCAGUUCAUAUGAGGCAUAAGAACUCAAUGGAGCCUGGUGACCUCGGUCCUCUUCCUCCUGGAUGGGAAGAAAGAAUUCACUCAGACGGACGCACUUUCUACAUUGACCACAAUACAAAAAACACACAGUGGGAGGACCCUCGUCUGCAGAGUCCAGCCAUCACGGGACCUGCUGUUCCCUACUCCAGAGAGUUCAAGCAGAAAUACGACUACUUCAGGAAGAAACUGAAGAAACCUGCUGACAUCCCCAACCGAUUCGAAAUGAAGCUGCACAGGAACAACAUCUUCGAAGAGUCGUACCGUCGCAUCAUGUCCCUGAAGAGGCCAGAUGUUCUGAAGGCGCGGCUGUGGAUCGAGUUUGAGUCGGAGAAGGGAUUGGACUACGGCGGUGUGGCCAGAGAGUGGUUCUUCCUCUUAUCCAAGGAGAUGUUCAACCCUUACUACGGCCUGUUCGAAUACUCUGCCACGGACAACUACACUCUCCAAAUCAACCCCAACUCUGGCCUGUGCAACGAGGACCACCUCUCUUAUUUCAAGUUCAUCGGCCGCGUGGCAGGAAUGGCUGUGUUCCAUGGAAAGCUGCUAGAUGGUUUUUUCAUCCGUCCGUUUUACAAGAUGAUGCUGGGAAAACAGAUCUCCCUUAAAGACAUGGAGUCUGUGGACAGUGAAUACUACAACUCUCUUAAGUGGAUUCUGGAGAAUGAUCCAACUGAGCUGGACCUGAGGUUUUGUAUUGAUGAGGACAACUUUGGACAGACAUACCAGGUCGACCUGAAGCCCAGCGGCUCAGACAUGGUGGUCACCAACGACAACAAAAAGGAAUACAUCGACCUGGUCAUCCAGUGGAGGUUUGUCAACCGGGUCCAGAAGCAGAUGAACGCCUUCCUGGAGGGAUUCACUGAGCUCAUUCUCAUAGAUCUUAUCAAGAUCUUUGAUGAAAACGAACUGGAGCUGCUCAUGUGUGGUCUGGGCGACGUCGAUGUCAACGACUGGAGACAACACACUGUUUACAAGAAUGGAUACUGCCCCAACCAUCCUGUCAUACAGUGGUUCUGGAAGGUCGUCCUGUUGAUGGAUGCUGAAAAGAGAAUCCGACUGCUCCAGUUUGUGACAGGAACAUCUCGAGUACCAAUGAACGGCUUUGCUGAGCUUUAUGGUUCUAAUGGUCCUCAGCUGUUCACAAUUGAGCAGUGGGGAACACCUGAAAAGUUGCCAAGAGCUCACACAUGUUUCAACCGCUUGGAUCUGCCAACCUACGAAUCAUUCGAGGACCUGAGAGAGAAACUCCUCAUGGCUGUGGAGAACGCGCAGGGCUUCGAGGGCGUCGACUAAACCCGAGUGAAUUCCACCGACCAUCGAUGAAAAUGAAAAAACAAAAAAGCCACGGGGAUAGAUCAAACCAGCUGCCGUAGCAGUUCUGUGCAAGCAUGUUGUACUGUAACGCCUGACUGUGAGCCACCAACACGGCACAGUGGUUUGAGAACUGUACAGCGACUUGUCGAGCCAACAUGCCUACGUCUUUAUAUCUCACUCCUUAAAGGUGCUGUGGGGGGGGGAACGGCGGCGCUGCACUGUCGAAUGAUGAAAUCUGACAUCCACAGGCAUAAGUGAUGAAUGACGAGACCUGGCCUCUGACCCGCCACUUCUUUCCUCCUCUACCCCUUGUUCUGUGAAAAUCUACAGUGCUGGAGAACACUAAUGCAUUUCAAUAGCUCCUGUAUGUCACGAUAGCACAGUAUUCGAGCAGCGGUGAGGGUCUUAGCACGGCCUUAAUCUGGCUCCUACUUGCACUAUUUCUUGGAGAAACUACAAUGGCACGGUGAUCACGGCUCUGUAAAAAAUCCUUAGACCAACACCAGAUUACCUUAGGAAUGCUAGCCAGUCACAUUUCAGGAAAUCGGCCACCUACCCCCUAACCCCCCCGUAGAGCCUUGUGUAUGAUGUGUUAUCGGAAAACUGCCGCUGCAGCCUUUUGUAGACUUAUAUUUUCCUUUCUUUUCUUUUCUUUUUCUAAACCACUGGUGAGGAUUCAAGAGCCGGGGGAUGACAUAAUCCCCAAAGAUUUUUCGUUCUUGCAGGGAAUUACUCUCAACGUAUUUGUACUGACAAACAAUGUUGUUUACUAUUUUGAAACAUUCUAUAUGACAUGGUGUGUGAAGUGUCAAUCUGGCUCGUCUGGGAAAUGAUUCAUCCAUAUCAUUUGUUAUGGUGAUAGCAAAUGUGUUGAAUAAAAUGUUUUUUUUAUUGUAGUGCUAUGGAAGCAGCAUGAAACUGUAUCUUGUGUUUGCUUUGACUACAUAGUAAAUUGAACGUGUAAUCGAGGAGGGGCGGGGGCUGGGGCUAGUUUCUCGGACACAUGAUUAUAUUAAUAUUCUCAAGCCUGUUGCUGUUCAUAAUGCUGUAAAUUGUUCUUGGAAAAGAAAAAAUACCAUUUUAAAUUCUGUCAUGAUAUAUAAAUAUAUGUAUGUAUUACAUUUAACAGAAGUAUUACUGAUCAACAACUCUAAAAUGAAGCUGUGUGUGUGUGUGUGUGUGUGUGUGCGUGCGUGCGUGCGUGCGUGCGUGCGUGUGUGUGUGCGCGUGUGCGCGUGUGUGCACGUGUGUGUGUGUGUGCGCGCGCGUGUGUGUGUGCGUGCGUGCGUGCGUGCGUGCGUGCGUGCGUGCGUGUGUGCGUGCGUGCGUGCGUGCGUGCGUGCGCGCACGCGUGCGCUUGAGAGAAAAGCUGUGAUUGCCACUGAAUAUAAAGCAGCACGUUUCUUACAAAGAAAAAAGUUUUUCUUUUUUGUUUUCUUUCUCUCCUUUUUCUAACACCGUUGAACCUAAAGGGCACUUUAUAGAUCACUCUGAGGUCAUGUCACCAAUUGUAUGUCUUGUCACUAACUUGAAUGUGAUUCUUCCCCCCCCCCCCCAUUCAAAGCAUGUACCUGGUGCAAUAUAAAUAUUCUGUAAAUCUGGGCUGCUGCUAAAGUAGAAAAAGUUGACCGGAGUGAAGCUGCGACUUCACACUCUUUAGUAUUCUCGUUUGAUCGCUUCUUCUUUUCUCUACCUGUUCCUCCUUUGUGUUUCCUCCCUCCUCCAGUGAGCCCAUCCUCUCAUACUGACUGUAAAGAUUAGUGGGUUUUCUUUUCUUUCUUUUUUUACUAAAUGAUGCAAAAUAUCACUUUUGUUAAAGAUUCCACCACUCUCUGCAACUCUUUGUGGUUCAUUCAGCUUCCGUCAAAUAAAAAAUGAGAAUUCUCA